AUGUCGCUGAUGCAGGGGCUCUUUCCCAUUUCAAAGGAAACUGCCUGGUUGGAGGCAGAAGCAUUUAUCCAGCAUCAAAAGGUUGCACUGGCAUCUGAGCUCAAGACCGUCCCAGACAGCUGGGUGCGCUACGAGCAACGGCUGAAGGAGAGUGAGCAGGUUGAGCUUGCAAAAACUAUCAUUGCAAGGAUUACAUCCGAUCUCAGGGAUGAGAAGAUGCAGGAGGAGAUAUUGGCCAAUGCCAUGGCGGAGCUUGAGUCAAAGCGAUCUAGGGAGGUCAUGGCUAGCUAG